AUGCGGAAACUGAUAUCUAAUUCCGUUAGCUGGCAAUGGACUGCAGUUGAGGAAGGAGAAUUUAAAAGCGUGAAAGAGUUGGUAUCGGAUAUUGGAACACUACGCUACUACAACAUGAACCUGCCGAUAACCAUCGAAUGUGACGCGAGUUGCUUCGGUUUAGGAGCUGCCGUAUAUCAACAGGAUGGAGUUAUUGGAUACGCUUCCCGAACGUUAACUGCCACAGAGAAAUCGUAUGCUCAAAUAGAGAAAGAACUACUGGCCAUUUUGUUUGCUUGCAUCCGUUUCGAUCAAUUGGUUGUGGGAAAUCCUAAAGUCACUAUUAAGACGGAUCAUCGGCCACUCAUAAACAUUUUUCAGAAGCCACUGUUAUCAGCCCCGCGUCGACUAACGUUGGAAUAUGUGACUGGCAAAGAUAAUGUGGUUGCCGAUGCUCUAUCGAGGGCCCCGCUUCACGACGAUAUUACUGUAGACGCAUAUAAGAAGAGCAACAUAUACAAGGUCUUCGAGGAUUUGGGAAAUGUCAAGAUGAGCAAUUGCCUAAGUAUUUCGGAUACUCGCUUAAGCGAAAUAAUGCAAGCAACAGCAAAAGACUCGACGAUGCAGCUCAUCAUCGAAUACAUCCUGAAUGGUUGGCCAACAACGGCUGACCAAGUGCCCGAUAGUGUGAAGAUUUAUUUUCGUUACUCGCAAGAGCUGUCCACCCAAGACGGACUUAUUUUCCGGAACGAUAGAAUCCUGGUACCGCAACCUUUGCGCAGGAAGCUCAUUGAUAUUUGUCACGCAAGUCAUAACGGAAUUGAAGCUACGUUGAAGCUGGCUCGAGCGAAUGUCUUUUGGCCAGGAAUGAGUGCUCAGAUAAUAGAAGCUAUCCAGUCGUGUGCAACAUGUGCUAAAUUUGCUGCAUCUCAGUCCAAUCCGCCUAUGAUAACUCACGGCAUUCCAGUGUACCCUUUUCAGUUUGUUUCCAUGGAUGUGUUUUUCUCUGAUUACCAAGGAACUAAGAGAGCAUUUCUUGUGACAGUUGACCAUUACUCGGAUUACUUUGAAGUUGAUAUCUUGAAAGAUUUGAAACCUGAAUCAGUUAUAGCCGCCUGCAAGGAGAACUUCGCCCGUCACGGUAAGCCACAAAUUAUACUAACAGAUAACGGUACGAACUUCGUUUGCCGAAAGAUGGAAGAAUUCGCCAUCGAAUGGGAUUUUCAGCACACUACAUCAUCUCCUCAUCACCAGCAAUCUAACGGGAAAGCGGAGGCAGCCGUGAAGAUCGUUAAACGUUUACUGAAAAAGUCAGAAGAGUCGGGAAUAGAUUUUGGGUAUGCUCUUUUGCAUUGGCGGAAUAUACCCAAUAAAAUAGGUUCCAGUCCAGCGGCCCGUUUAUUUUCGAGAUCCACGAAGUGCGGUAUACCGACAUCGGCGAAAAAUCUAUUCCCAAAGGUUGUCGAAGGUGUUCCGAAUUCUAUCGAGGCAAACCGGGAGAAAAUUCAAGUUCGCUAUGACAACUCAAGUAAACAUCUACCUGAUCUUCAAGUUGGAUCGCCAGUAUAUGUGCAGUUAAAUCCAGAAAUUUCAAAAGAAUGGUCUCGUGGCACUGUGUCGAAUCGCUUGAGUGAACGUUCUUUCCAGGUGGAGGUAAAUGGUGCAGGUUAUCGCCGUAGCUUGGUCCACAUUAAACCCUGCAAAGAUCCUACCACAAUUCCAAAUUAUAGUAUUUCAACGAAGUCGUCUCAGCAAGAAACUAUUUCUGAUACGCCUGUUCCGAAUGAUACAUUUUUCGCGAAUGACUGUCAUGCGUCGAAUCAGUCAGCACCUGCUGCGAUUGAUGCAGCAUCGACUGCGCUCCCCGAUAUGCCUUCUGCGACACAACGUGGUUUUUAUUCAAAAGAGAAACGUGCUUCAUUAGCUAUAAGUCCCAUCGUACGACCAAGAAGAGAAAGUCUUCUACCAACUAAGCUUAAAGAUUAUCAUGUAGAUUUAAGAUAA